UUCUUCUUCCCCACAAGAAGCAUAGACAAAAACCUGCUUUUUCAUCAAAGCAAAACCCAGAAGAGGAAAAGCAGAGAAGCAGAGAGAAUAUGGCGUCGAUUGCAGAAGAAGUGAGAGCUAAAGCCGAAAUCUACCAUGGAGACGCGCUAUGCCAAGAGAAGACGAAGGAGUUCCUGAGGGAAGUGGCCAUGCCAAAUGGGCUGCUGCCAUUGAAGGACAUACAAGAGGUCGGGUACGAGAGAGAGUCAGGCACCGUGUGGCUCAAGCAAAAGAAGAGCAUAAACCACAAGUUCGAGAAGAUCGGGAAGCUCGUGUCUUACGCGACGGAGGUCACGGCCGUGGUCGAGGUCGGGAAGAUCAAGAAGCUGACCGGCGUAAAAGCGAAGGAGCUUCUUGUGUGGAUCACGCUCAACGAGAUCGCGGCCGAGGAGACAAAGAAGAUAACGUUCAAGACUCCUGCCGGGUUGUCGAGGACGUUUCCGUACUCUGCGUUUGUGGUUCCUGAUGAGGCGGAGGAUGAGAAGAAGAAGGAGAAGGAGAAGGAGAAGAGCUCCAAUGGUGUUGGAGGAGAAAGUGAGGCCAAUAAGGUUGUUGAGGUCAAGGAGGUCUGACCUGGUCUCUCUCUCGAAUCUUGAUGAGUUGUGUCUUUAAUCCUCGUACUGCUGCUGUUUGAUUCUACCCUGUAAUAAGAUGUUUCUGUUCCAAAGCAUUUCCUCCAUCAAUCUCUACCAUUAAAGCUGCUUCUUGGAAGAGAAAACAAGAAUCUACUGUCUAUAAUUCUGGCA